AAUAUAUAUAUGUGUUACUGUCAGAAGAUCGGCUUCUUGCACCGCGAGCUGACACUUCCUCCAGCUUUGGCAACAUCCGGAUUCCAGUCGAGAUGGUCAUGGCGGAGGGUGCAGCUGUUAUGAGGAGGAAUCGACCAGGGACUAAAGAAAAGGACUUCUACAACUGGCCCGAUGAGUCGUUCGAGGAGAUGGACAGCACACUGGCUGUGCAGCAGUACAUCCAACAGAAUAUCCGUACAGACUGCUCCAACAUGGACAAGAUCCUGGAGCCCCCAGAGGGUCAGGAUGAGGGGGUCUGGAAGUACGAACACCUCAGGCAGUUCUGUUUGGAGCUGAACGGACUUGCUGUGAAACUACAGGGAGAAUGCCACCCAGACACAUGCACCCAGAUGACAGCAACAGAGCAGUGGAUCUUCCUCUGUGCUGCACACAAGACUCCCAAAGAGUGUCCAGCCAUCGACUACACCAGACACACUCUGGACGGAGCCGCCUGCCUCCUCAACAGUAACAAGUACUUCCCUAGCAGAGUGAGCAUUAAAGAGUCCUCAGUAGGGAAACUGGGUUCAGUUUGCCGGCGGAUCUACAGGAUAUUCUCCCACGCUUACUUCCACCAUCGUCAGAUCUUUGACAAGUAUGAGAACGAGACGUUCCUGUGCCAUCGGUUCACGCGCUUCGUGAUGAAGUACAACCUGAUGUCCAAGGACAACCUGAUCGUACCCAUCAUGGAGGAUGAGACGAACCCUAACGAAGCAGAGGGCGAGAGCGACGCCUGAGGACUGGGAUCUGAAGAGGAUCUGCUACACCCUGCCAAACUAUUUCAAACACAUGGCUGUCUCACACACCCACCCACAACCACACAAUACACUAAAGUACACUAAAAUCACCAGUUUUUAAGUAGAAUAUUUUCAAUAUUGUAUGAACAUCCUAAUUUAGCUUGUAUGUUUCAGAGAACAAGACAAUGUUGUGGUUAAAUGACUAACCAAUAUACACUGUGGCCAGUUAAUUAGGUACACCCAUCUAGUACCGGGUCAAACCCCGCUUUGCCACCAAAACAGCCUGUUGGAAACGUUCCACAUGGAUGUGGGUCCAUGCAGACGGGAUGGCAUCACGCCGUAGCUACAGAUUGGAUGGCGGGAACAUUGAUGCUGCAAACAGCCCGGUCUACCUCAUCCCAAAGAUGCUCUCUCUAUUGGGUUUGGUCAGCAACAAUGUUCAGAUACGUUCGAUCGUUGCUAAAUUGAUAUCAAGGGACCUAACGUGUGCCAGGAAAAUGUUCCCCACACCAGUACACCACCGCCACCAGCCUGUACCGUUGACACCAGGUAGGAUGGGUAAACACACUCAUGCUGCUUACGCCAAAACCUGACUGUCAUCAACAUGAACCUGGAAACGGGAUUCAUCAGACCAGGCAAGGUUUUUCCACUCAAUUGUCCAGUGUUGGUAAUUGCGUUCCCACUAGUGCUUCUUGGUUUUAGCUGAUAGGACUGGAACCCCGUGUGGUCGUCUGCUACAAUAGCCCAUCCGUGACAAGGAUUGACGAGUAGUGCGUCCUGAAAUGCCGUUCUGCACACCACUGUUGUACUGUGCCGUUAGUGGCCAGCCUGUUAGCCUGCCAUUCUCCUUGGACCUCUCAUCAACGAGCUGUUUUCACCCACAGAACUGCCGCUGACUGGAUGAUUUUUGUUUGUCGCACCAUUCACAGUAAACUCUAGACACUCGUGCGUGAAAAUCCCAGGAGGCCGGCUCUUUCAGAGAUAUUGGAUCCGGUGCGCCUAGCAGACGAUCACCACGCUCAAAGUCACUUAGGCCGCUAGUUUGACACAUUCUAGCAUUCAAUCAAACAGUUACUGAAUGGCUCGAUGCCUGUCUGCCUGCUUUAUAGAGCAAGCCACAGCCACGUGACUCACUGUAGGAGCGAAUCAUUUUGGUGAACAGGGUGGUGUACCUGAUAAACUGUGACACCCAUUGCUAGUUACUUUAUCAUGUGCUUUCUGUUUGGUCCUUGGGCAGCGUUUACACAGGCAACCAAAUUCUUAUGGGCAAAAUAAUUGCUCUGGUUGGUCAAAAGACUAAUUGGUGGCAAAAGAUCAUAAUUGGGCUGUCUGUGUAAAUGCAGCCUUUGUUGUGUUCUAGGUGUCAGGAACUCUGGUCUAAUGUAGCGCUACAAGUUAAUAUAACAGGUGUUUAAUAAACAGGCUACAUUAUACAGGUUGAUAUAACAGGUAUUUAAUAGUCCUGAUAUUUCUGACUGUACUGUAUAUAAAACCACGUCAGUCUUCCAUCCUAGAUUAAGGAAGUGGAAGGACAUGAUUAAUUGCAGAGUAUAACAAAAAUGGUUUUUAGGGUUUUAUUCCAUUAAUGGCUGAGGUUAGGAUUAGGGGAGGGGAAGCUGAUCCUAGAUCGGCUGAGGUUAAGGUUAGGGGAGGGGAAG